GAGAGAGGGAGCUGCUUGAGCUGGACUACAACUCCCAGCAGCCUUUGCUCCGCCACAGCCCCGCGCACUUUUCGGCCGCUGAUUGGUGGAGCCUCCACCUAUCGGUGCUGUCACGGGGGCCUGCCCCGCCCCCUCUUCCCGUGCGGCGGACGCUGAUUGGCGGAUCCGCCCGUCGAUCAGCCCGUCCCACCGCCGCUCGCGCCCGCCGGCCUCGCGCGCGUUGCCGUGGCGACCCCGCGGCGGUGCAGCCCCCCCACAGCCCGGGGGGGGCCCAAGCCCCGAUGCCGCCCCCGGAGGCACCGCCAGGGCCCAGCGGCCCUGGAGCCCCCCCUGAGCCCGUGGCUGCCACCAGUUUUGUGGGCCCUGAACCCCGGGACCUGCUGCCCACUGGUGAGGAGCUGGGGAGUCCCAGCAGUGCUGGGAGGGGACCGGGCUGCAGCCUGGCCUGGCCACAGGACCCCGUCCCAUUCGCAGUGGAGCUGCCGCGGGGCCCGGGGGGUUUCGGGUUCAGCCUCCGGGGGGGCCCCGCCGGGGUUUUCGUGCGGGGGCUGCGCGAGGGGGGCCCGGCCCAGCGCUGCGGCUGCAUCCAGAUCCUGUGCGUGCUGACCCUGAUCUGCUUCGGGGCGUCGCGCUCCGGCUACGCGGGGCUGGCUGCGGUGGAGCUGCUGUUCGCUGCACUGGUGCUGCUGGCCUGGAGCUGCCGCCUGCCCCCCCGGCUGACCCUGCUGCACUGGGGCUGGACCGACUUCAUGCGCUGCAUCAUCGGGGCUCUGCUCUUCCUCAUCACCUCCCUCAUCGUCAUUGUUGGCCACCGGGACGGCGCCGGCAUCGCAGGAGGGGUGUUCGGGAUCCUGGCCGGGAUCCUCCUGGGAUACGAUGCCUACAUCACCCUCCCCAUCCGGCAGGGCCACACUGCCGCCCCCACUGAAUCCCCAGACGGUGCCUGAAAAACCCAGCAAACCAAACGGAGACCUCCACAAACCUCCCCCACCGCAGGGGGACCCCCAGCCUUAAAUUAUUGAGGGGUCCCGACGCCUGGGUCCCCCCGGGGUGGGACAGGAGUAGAUCUGGGGGUCCCUCAGGGGUUGCCCCUCCACCAAACGCCUUCACAAGUGCCUUGAACCGCCUGUGCCUCGUUUUCCUCCUGGGGAGACCCUCCUCAGGUUUAAAGGUGCCUUUGCCUCUCACGGGUUCUGGGGUGCCUGCCUCAGUUUCUGAGGUGCCUCCGUUAGUUUUUGGGGUGUUCCCCCUCCCCAGCCAGCGGGAGGUUUUUGGGGGCAAUAUAUUGGGAAAUAAAGGGUUUUUAUUACUGCAUUUACGGUUCCAGUGGUUU